UUAUUGUAGACGUCGUGAAUUAUUAAUUUCCUUUUACAAAAUACUCCAUUUUUUGCAUUAAUUUCCUCGACUUCCUCCAACAAUCUUUCGCUUUUCUCAUUUUUCUCUUUCUUUCAUACGCAUCAGCUCAUCUCACCACCCAACCCUUCUUCCUUUCUCUCUUCCACAAUCAUCAUUCAAGGAAGAAAUCCAUACCAUCAUCAGAGCUUUGAAGAUGUUGCGAAUGGCGGCAAGGAGACUCUUUUCUCUCUCCUCCCCUUCAUGGCGUCCCGCCGCCUCGUCUUCCUCCGUCUUCUCUAAGCCCCCUUCCUCUUCCGACGAGGAUUCUAGAUCUACUUCCUUAUCAGAAUCCUUCAGAUUCGCACCCCAUUUCUAUUCCCAUCACCGAGGAUUUGCCACUGAACAUCUCAUUCCGAAAGCCGAGCACGGCAUGGGGAUUGUCCCUGAUGUUCCCGCUACUGUGGCUGCUAUUAAAAACCCUUCAUCAAAGAUAAUCUAUGAUGAAUACAAUCAUGAGCGAUAUCCACCUGGUGAUCCCAGCAAGAGAGCAUUUGCUUAUUUCGUUCUCACCGGAGGAAGAUUUGUGUAUGCUUCCCUUAUUCGCUUGCUUGUCCUUAAGUUUGUGCUGAGUAUGUCUGCCAGUAAGGAUGUCCUUGCUUUGGCAUCAAUUGAGGUUGAUCUCUCAAGCAUUGAGCCAGGAUCUACUGUGACUGUGAAGUGGCGUGGAAAGCCCGUCUUCAUCAGGCGCCGAACUGAAGAUGACGUUAAGCUGGCGAACAGUGUUGACCUGUCAUCUCUCCGGGAUCCACAGAUGGACGAAGAAAGAGUUAAAAACCCCGAAUGGCUUAUUGUGAUUGGUGUCUGUACUCAUCUAGGUUGCAUUCCCUUGCCAAAUGCUGGGGACUACGGUGGCUGGUUUUGCCCUUGCCAUGGUUCUCACUACGACAUCUCUGGUAGAAUUCGCAAGGGUCCUGCUCCUUACAAUCUCGAGGUACCCACUUACUCUUUCUUGGAAGAAAACAAGCUGCUGAUUGGUUAAGGAACAGGUCGAUACUCGAUAGUUCCUAUCCCCCCCAGGGAUAAUGAUGAUAUUUAGAAUUCUUUUUUGUACUCUUUUAGUUCUGAAAUUUGGAUUUCGGAAAUUUUCUGAUGACAAUUCCAGAUAAAUUUAUUUUCUUUAAAGCAUGCCAAGAAAUGCUUGUGUAAUUUUGAGUUUGUAACUUGUAACUGGUGGAGUUGGUGUUGGCAUUAUUCAUGAAAUAAUUUGCAGUGCAAUUUGCUUUGUAUAAAUGUUUGCUACAAUUGGUUAUUGUU